AUGAUACCUUUGAGGCUGUUGCUGGCAGCGGCGACUUUGGCGGGAAUAUGCUCGACCGCCAAACUAGACAACACAUACUUACCGCCGGGCGCAGGUAAUGCCGGGGGCGGUCCUGACCUGAAAACGCCAUUCGGUGGUGGAGCCGGCGGUGGAGGGGGCAGAGGAGGCGGCGGUGGAGGGGGCAGAGGGGGCGGCGGUGGAGGGGGCAGAGGCGGGGGUGGUGGUAGACCCGGAGGUAAUGGAAAUGGAAAUGGAGGAUACCCCGGAGGUGGGGGUGGGGGCAAUGGAGGGGGUGGCGGUGGUGGGGAGGAAAUUCCAAUCAUCUCCCAGGAGUAUACCAAUAACGGCGAUGGCAGUUACAAAUGGAGCUACGAAACUGGUAAUGGUAUCAAGGCUCAAGAAGAAGGUGAACUAAAAAACGCAGGCUCAGAUGACGAGGCUCAAUCAGCAGUGGGAUCUUUUGAAUACACUGCUCCUGAUGGUACAGUUAUCAAAGUGGAAUAUACUGCUGAUGAAAAUGGAUUCGUACCCAAAGGAGAUCAUUUGCCUACCCCACCCCCAAUUCCGGACGAGAUCCUGAAGAGUCUCGAGCAAAAUGCCGCCGAAGAGGCGGCAGGAGGCGGCGGCGAGGACGGUGGCGGUAACGGAUAUCCUUCCGGCAAACCCAACGGAAAUGGCAACGGAAACGGUGGAGGCGGCAACGGUGGCGGAAAUGGCGGUGGAAAUGGCAACGGCGGAAACGGCCAGAACGGAUAUAGAUAUUAG